UAAGCACUAUUUAUGUUAAGGUAUCAAAAUGUCAAGGGCAUCUAACGCAGCCUAUGACAGGCAUAUAACUAUAUUCUCGCCAGAAGGGAAACUGUUUCAACUUGAAUAUGCGCUCAAGGCAGUGAAAAAUUCGAACAUCACAGGUUUAGCAAUAAAGGAUAACGAUGCUAUCGCAGUUGUGUGUCAAAAAAAACUUUCCGUUCAACAAGGUAACCAGGACGUUCUUCUCGAUCAAACAUGUGUAACACAUCUUUACCAUAUAACGGACGAUAUAAUGGCAUUGCUAAUUGGUUUACCAGGUGACUGUAUGAGUAUAUUGUACAAGAGUCGUGAAAUCGCAUUGGAGUACCAAUACAAAUAUGGUUGUAGCAUACCUGCAAAAGUAUUGUGUGAAAAGAUAGCUGAUAUCAACCAAGUACAUACCCAGCACGCUUACAUGCGUCUGCGUGCGUGUACCGGUUUAAUUGCCGCUAUUGAUGAAGAGUUGAAGCCAGUCAUAUACAAAUUCGAUGCGUCCGGAUGGUACAGUGGCUAUAAAGCAUGUGGUAUCGGUACGAAGGAUCAAGAGUCUGAAAAUGCACUAGAGAGAAUUUUAAAACAACGUGAAACUGUGGAUAUCAGUGACAAGAUAAAGUCGGAUCUGCAGGUUAAUACGGAGACGCAUCAUCUAUCUGGUGGUAAAGAGACUCAUGUUACAGUUGAGGGUUUAAAGGCUUUGAUCGCAAUCGAUGCACUAAGCCAAUUAAAUGGUGCAAAGGGAGUGGAAGUAGCCGUUUGCACAAUUGAUAAUCCAACAUUUAGGCAACUAAGUGAACAAGAGAUUGAGACCUAUCUCACAUAUAUAGCGGAAACGGAUUGAAUGAUUAAUUUUGUGUAUUUGAUUGUUUC